AGCAGUUGGAAAAUCUAUAAAAGAUAAGAUAGGAAGAACAAGAUCAGCUCUCUCUCGUCCACUUACCUAUUUGUGCAUCUCAUCAUCGCCAUGGACAAUACAUCUUUCUCUAGCAACGAAGGUAAACCAAUUAGAUGCAAAGCAGCAAUAUGUAGAAAAGCAGGAGAAGCAUUGGUGAUUGAAGACAUCCACGUGGAUCCACCUCAACCUUAUGAAGUUAGGAUUAAGAUUUUAUGUACUUCUUUAUGUCACACUGAUCUUACUUUCUGGAAACUAGACUUCGGACCGAUUUCAAGGUUUCCUAGGAUUCUUGGACAUGAAGCAGUCGGUGUGGUCGAGAGCAUUGGUGAAAACGUGGUAGGAUUUAAACAAGGCGACGUCGUUUUGCCAGUGUUUCACCCUUAUUGUGAAGAAUGCAAAGACUGCAAAUCUUCAAAAACCAACUGGUGCGAGAGAUAUGCUGAAGAUUUCAUAUCAAACACAAGACGAUAUGGAAUGGCUUCAAGAUUCAAAGACUCUUCGGGAGAAGUUAUUCACCAUUUUCUCUUUGUCUCGAGUUUUUCCGAAUACACCGUCGUGGAUAUUGCACAUCUUGUCAAAAUAUCUCCUGAAAUCCCUGUUGAUAAAGCGGCUUUGCUCAGCUGCGGUGUCUCCACAGGAAUUGGAGCAGCUUGGAAGGUAGCUAACGUUGAAGAAGGCUCCACCGUUGCAGUUUUUGGCCUUGGUGCUGUUGGACUUGCGGUUGCAGAAGGAGCUAGACUACGUGGGGCUGCAAAGAUCAUUGGUAUUGAUACCAAUCCUGAUAAAUUCGAGCUAGGUAAGAAAUUUGGUUUUACGGAUUUCAUCAAUCCUACCUUAUGCGGAGAAAAGAAGGUUAGUGAGGUGGUUAAAGAAAUGACAAAAGGAGGCGUUGACUACAGCUUCGAAUGCGUUGGCUUAGCUUCUUUACUUAACGAGGCUUUCAUCAGUACCCGCACGGGAACAGGUAAAACAGUAAUGUUGGGGAUGGAGAAGCAUGCAGCACCAAUUAGUUUGGGUAGUUUUGAUCUUUUAAGAGGCAGAAAUAUUUGCGGAAGCUUGUUCGGUGGUCUAAAAUCCAAACUUGAUAUUCCCAUUCUCGUGGAUCAUUACCUUAAAAAGGAGCUCAAUUUGGAUAGUUUUAUCACACAUGAAUUAAAUUUUAAGGAAAUCAAUAAGGCUUUCGCAUUAUUAGAGGAAGGAAAGUCUCUCCGCUGCAUUCUAUGGAUGGAUAAGUAAUGGUUCUUGUUUAGAUUAUUUUCCUUUGUCUUUCAAAAUGCUUUGUUCUUGUUACCUUGCACAUUUUGUUAUAUUAACAAGAGCCAGAAACUUAUCUUUGGCACUUGGAGUCCAAACCCCUUAAAAUUGUGUUUACUAAACCCCUUCUAUUAAUUUGUAGAUCAAUGAUUGUUAUA